CGGGUUCUGUCUAGUUUAUUGUGCUGUGGAAUCAGCUGAAAGAACAGUGUGUGAACAGAGCUAGCAUUAGCGGCUAACACACACACACACACACAGGGAGAGAGAGAGAGACACUGACACACACACACACACCGGCUCCCUCUACAGCUGCUGUGAAACGCACACACACUCUCUCUCCCCCUCAGAGCGCAGCUCCCGAACACACCGCGCUGUUUGCUCUGCAGAGGCCGAAGAUGAUCAAGCUUUUCUCGCUGAAGCAGCAGAAGAAGGACGAGGAGUCAGCCGGCGGGCCGCGCGCGGGGGGCGGCGGGAAGAAGGCGAGCGCGGCCCAGCUGCGGAUACAGAAGGACAUCAAUGAGCUGAACCUCCCGAAGACCUGCGAGAUCGUCUUUCCAGACCAGGAUGACCUGCUCAACUUUAAACUCAUCAUCUCUCCAGACGAGGGUUUCUAUAAAGGAGGGAAGUUUGUCUUCAGUUUUAAGGUAGGGCAGGGCUAUCCACACGACCCUCCCAAAGUCAAGUGUGAAACGAUGGUUUAUCACCCCAACAUUGACCUCGAGGGAAACGUCUGUCUAAAUAUACUGAGAGAAGACUGGAAGCCAGUGUUGACGAUUAACUCCAUCAUAUACGGACUACAGUACCUGUUCCUCGAGCCCAAUCCUGAAGACCCGCUGAAUAAAGAGGCAGCCGAGGUGCUGCAGACGAACCGGCGACUCUUCGAGCAGAACGUCCAGCGGUCGCUACGCGGCGGAUACGUGGGCGCCACCUACUUCGAGCGCUGCCUGAAAUAGUCCCGCGCCCGCCGGCCCUCACGUCCGAGAAUGCAUUUAUCGUUUACAUGCGCUGAGAUGUACUGACCGACACACUGACCGCUCUCGGGUGUGCGGGACGGUGGCGAGCGUUCACAGGCUGGUCAGUGGUUGUUGCUCAGAGAAUUCAGACGUAUUUCGCCACUAUGCUGGUACCCACUGUUUAUUUUUUGCUGAGAUUCACAUGCUAACUCAUCCUCCACUCGACAUGAGCGUGCGCGGGGCAGACACACACACACACACACACACACACACACACUUCUCUAUUCCAUCUCCCAGCUUGAGGACUGAUUGGUUUGGGCUUCAGACGGGCUCUGCCCCGCGCCGCACACAUCAGCCGUGUUCAGUCGUCACUAAUGUCUCUGUCUGCCAGAUUAUUACAGUAAUAGGUUGUGUUUAGCGCUGCAUUUGACCAAUUCCUGAUCACAUUUAUAAAUUGAUGGCCGCUGCAUUGAUCGUCAGCGGUGCACCGGCGGCGGCCGCUGGGAUCUGUGUGCUGAUUGGCUGUUGGAGAGCGGGGGGGGGUCUGCAGGACGGCGUCGGCGAGGGUUGCGUGAUGUUACAAUUCUGUUGUGUAUAUUGAAAUCCCAGUUGUUCACGAUGACUGCAAUAUGAAUUAUGUUAAAUAAAAUAUUGACUUGAAUGCC